GAAGACUCCACUAUCCUAUCUUCUUGUCUUUUGUUUUUUGACAGUUCCUUUGAUUCUCAGCGCACCAAAACCAUAUUUGUUGACAAGGACAUGGCAGAAAUCUGUGCCAUCAAAUCAUCACUUCCGUUUGUUAAUAUUCGACUUUGUGCUUUCCACACGACGACUGCCGUUAAGAAGGCUUUACAACAGAAAAAGCUGUCCUCUUCUCAAAUAUCUUGUCUCAUUGAUCUGUUCAUAGAACAGAGAUCCUGCAUGGACAUGUCAAAAUACAAUGCCCUCAAAGACAAGAUUUCUGAAAUCUCACCUCCUGAUGUUUUAUCCUACUUUGUUUGUAACUGGUGGAACUGUCCCCAACUC